AGCCGUUCUCAUUGGAUAAAUUCGACCGUUGGACUCCAGCAAAGAAACAUAACAAAAGAUCCGUUACCAAAGUGUUCUGCUUCUAGCCCCGUUUGACUUUUCAGUUCCGGAGACAAACUGCGAAAGCCAAAAAGGAACCAAGGAGAGAGGGAAAGAGAGAGAGUAAAUGAAAGAAACCCAUUUCAUGGGUAUUUAGAGAGAGAGAGAGAGAGAGAGAGAGAGAGAGAGAGAGAGAUCUUUGAGACCCACUUAGUGUUUCUCUUUCAAGUGAAAAUGGUUGCGAGAACCCCACCAAAGCAGAGGAAAAUGGUAGCCCCUCUCAAUCCUGUUUUGCUAAGAGAAACAGUGAAGAAGGUGGAUAGAUGCAUGGCUCGGUUGCAGGAGCUACAGUACACAGUUUCAGGUGGUACAAAGGUGAUCUCCGGAGUGAGUCUCAGCCCUCGCAGUACUAGAGGUUAUCUAAGGACUAGCCUCCGAUGCAAACAAGAAACUGCAAGGAUUAAAGGUUCUGCCCCUAGGAAAUCUCCUGUUGGGAAGUUUCCAGCAAAUACAGGAGGGGAGUGGCAGAGAAUGUCAUUGCCAGCAAUGCUGUUAGGUGAAACAGUCGGAGAAAUUCUACAAGCAAGUCAAUUUGCAAGAGAAAUAGUAGCAGCAGUUGGUAGUAAAACCAAGAAAACCACUGUGGAAGACCCCAAAACCCCAUUGACCCAACAGAGGAAACAGAGGCAACUCCCUGAAAACACAGAACUCAGGGCCAGAAGGAAGAAGGAGAAGCACAACAAAUCUCAAUCCUUUCAAUCAGAAUCAGGUUCCCCAAUACUCCAACGGGCUCGUUCUCGAAUCAAUUUCAAGGUUUCACCUCCAAACAAGAGAGAAGUGUUGAAAGAAAACAACAGAUACUUGGCAAACAGAGUGUCUCCCAAGAAUAGGCCAUGGGCUAAAAAGAGUGUGUUAUUUCCCAACCCUUUGUUUUUGUCCUCAGAUCCUUCUUCUUCUUCACAUCAGCAGAAGUUUUGCAGGACAAGGUCACCAAUCAUUGGUAGAAAUGAACAUAAUAGUAAGCCACGGAUUCAGACUCCACACAAGUUCUUAAUCAAGUCUCCACCUUCAGCUUCCAAGUUUCAGGUCAAGAUUAAGAGCCCUCCAUUGGUUUCUUCUCUUUCUCCAACAAAAAUAGCCAAGAAGUCUCCCAAGAUGUCAACUGCCUCGAAACUACGCCGUUCAUUUUCACCAUCGAGAUUGGCAACUAGAUUGGUGUCUCCAUUGAAGAGCAGAAAGAGUAUGCAAAAGAGUGAGGGACUAGUAAUGCGUGGUUUGAAACAGCGUCCAACUUGCUCAGUGCCAUUGGGAAUUUCAGCUCGGAGAAUUUAAACAUGCUAAAGAUUGGAUAAUAUGCACAACGGCUUGGUUUGGAUUGAAUUGUGUUUGGUGUUUUUAAGAUAUUUCCUCAAUGUCCAUAGUGUUCCAUUAGUUUGGAUUAUAUUUCUUGCUUAAGGAUGCAAAUUUGUCAUUCCAUUCUUUCAUGUAAAAGGUUGAGAGAAAUUCAAUGAAUAACUAAAUUAAAGGA